UUUUGUUGGCUGGAAACAGUUUACCCGCCACUCCUUCGUCGCUAAGUCAGCAGGAGAGGCGAAUCUUAUUGGUUCUCAUUAAUUCUCCAUCCCAGAUACUUACAGUGCUACACAAGACAUCAGUUCAGUUUGAGAAAGUCUGACAGUUAGUUUUCUACAAACAAUACUGUGACUGAACCCUGUACUAAAGAGACAUAUGCAGACAGAUGUCCCUACGCAACCUAAAAACAUCACAGUGUAGAGCAGUAUGCAGUUUUAAAGACACAUGGCAGUGCCAAGAACAUGAAUGCAACAUCAGCAAAAUCUGCAUGGCUCUGUCUCCCAGAGCACAGACUUUGUGAGAACUUCCACUCGGAAAGCAGGCAGAGACUGUAUCCCCUGCACAGUCAAGAUCAUCUCCCUCCAAAACUGAACAUCCUGGUGGAGAACAAUGGAUUCCAGUCUGGCUAUAUUCUCCACACUAGAAAACCCCUUUUUGAAGACAUCUAGUACCCGGAGCCAUUACCACCCUUCCCAUGCACAGCCUCUGAGGCAGGAGCAACAAUACAAAGUGAGAAGGGAAGCGAGUCAGGUUCUGAGACCAUCCUGUUUGCAGCACAAGAAUUGCCCCACCUCUCCCAAGAAGGCAGAAAUGUUGAGCCCUCCACACUUAAACUUUGUGCCUGACGUCAGCUACCAAGAGGCAAAGCCCUCUAAUUCAGAUUCCAUGAGCCCCUUCAAUGUGUCAUGGCCUUCGACUGAACGCAGCUCUUCCUCUCCCUCAGAGCAGUUGGUGGGGGGCAAGGCCCUGUCCUCACUGAAGCUCUCAGAUGUCUCAGAUGGUGAAUCAGUUAUUGCCAGAUACAUUGAGCGAUUCCGUUAUGGGCAGCCCACUAACCGUAAAGAACGCAAAGUACCGAGUGAUCCCUCUUCACAGUUCUGGUGGCUUGGUAACUCAUUUGUCUCUGAAGAAAACAUCUCCAGAAAGGAAUCAUCACCAUCUUCAGAUAGCAGCCAAAGUGGAGUGAAACCAUCUCUGUUCAGUUCUGUACAGGACCAGUCUCCCUUGGGAGAUUUACAGGACAUUUCCACACUGGACCCAGAGACUGUGAGCCUCCAGGAGAGAGCAGCCAGGCUCUUACAGAGAAGCACUUCCCCCUCAGGUAACUCCAGGUACAUAAGCUCUGAAGGUCUUGGCUCUAUCUCUACAUCUACGUUCACAAAUGCUAAUGUGGAUUUGGCUGGGCCCACCCCAGAGCACCGUGCAGCACACCAGUGCAAAGGUAGCCGGACUGCUGAUCUUUUUUAUUUUACUCAAAGAUCUCAUCCCUCCUUGUCUAUGAAACCAGAAGAAGACAUCCUGUUCCAAUGGCGCCUGCGGCAGAAGAUGCAGGAAGCAAGCAAGGCUGCUGCUAUGAUUCCCUCUAUAGCUUGGAGAAGUCAGUGCAGCCAACCACCUUCUGCUUCUAGCAUGGUGGAAAGAGCAGAUGUGAAAUCACCAGAAACCACUAAUUUGAGCAGCAUAGGUAGGAAAGUGUUGCCAACAUCUGAAUCGAAACAUCUCUGCUGCUGCACAGACUCUGUGAGAAAGGAACCAAGUUUCAGGCAAAUCACAGAAACCACUUCCUUCAGGAAUGAGACUGUGAAAGCUGGAAGUGCAAAGCAGGGAGUGAAGAAAUUAAUCCCCCAAGAGGCUGCUGUCCCUGCAUAUGUGAACUUGUCUCCCAUACCAGAGCCUAUACCCAGUGGAAAACAAGAAGCAAAAGAACAAACCCUACAGAAGGAUUGUAUUACUGCGUACUUGGAGUCUUCUUCCCCAUUAAGGGCUGCAGAAACCAGUAAGCAUUUCAACCAAACCAUUUCAUGCCAUGGUCAACUGGCAGCUGAGCCUGAUAAGAAAAUGCACACUGAACCCAAAGGUAACCAGAGGCCAUACAGAUCCAAACAAGACCAAGCAAAACCAGUGACAGUCUUCAGAGAGCUACCUAUCAUCCCUGCUAAACAGUCGGUUCAACAUGCCUUGGGAGAGGUGGUUGCAGAAAGGCUUUUCUCUCCACCUGAAUCUCCAGCUUGUCAUAGAGACAAACCAAAGAGGAACAAAAAGGACUGGGGCCGAGAGGAGGGUAUGUCAAACACUGUUGCAACACCUUCACACCCCCAACUCCUGGACAUGGCUGCUCAGCUCCUGGAACAGGCUGAAGAUUCUGAUGGCACAGAAUUCGAGGAUGAUCCCCUCUUACAGAUAUUAAGGGCCCAGAGGGAGGUGCUGCGCAGCCAGCUGAGAGCUGUGGGCCUCCGGAUGGCUCAGGAUUUCUCUUGAUGAUGACAGACUCCAGCAUGCUCUUCUCUACAUCUUGAGUGGUUUGCUGUGGCAAUAUGAUAGUGGACUGAGGCCUUGCUCCAAGAACUUCAGGAUGAUUUUAGUCCAAGGAUCUUUUUGAUGCUAGUACUUUUCUGGACUGAUUGCGCUGCCUGUACUUAGCAAGCAGAUGUAUCCAUGAAAGGCAACUGCAAAUGUAAAAUGAUUUGUAGACUUGUCUCUACGAAUGAUGCUCUGUUUCUAUGGUUUCAUUGUAUAUAUUUGUGAUGAGUUUAAAAUAAAGUGUAUUUUUGGAUCGAAA